AUGAGUAUGGAUACAUGGAAAGAGAAGCUCAAGUGCUUAGUCAAGUUCAUGGAUUCCAAGGAAGCUUAUAAAGAGCUGAUAGCUUAUAUGGACUUAGAGAGAGAAGAGGAAGAGCCAGACAUUGACAAGGUCAGGAAAUAUCACAAACCAAGAAUCUCACCUGAACUAUGCACACAUCGCAUCAUCCUGGAGGAUGAGUCUAGUUCUUCAAUUGAACACCAAAGGAGGCUAAACCCAAACCUAAAGGAAGUUGUCAAGAAGGAGAUAAUGAAGCUAUUGAAAGCUGGAGUGAUUUAUCCAAUAUCAGAUAGUGCAUGGGUCAGCCCUGUACAUGUCGUGCCAAAGAAAGGAGGGAUCACAGUCAUCAAGAAUGAACAUGAUGAGCUCAUUCCAACAAGAACAAUCACAGGACACAGAAUGUGUGUCGACUACAGGAAACUGAACUCCUCUACGCGCAAGGACCACUACCCCUUGCCAUUCAUAGACCAGAUGCUUGAGCGCCUUGCCAAUCAUCAAUACUACUGUUUCUUGGAUGGAUACUCAGGAUUUUUCCAAAUUCCAAUCCACCCAGAUGAUCAGGAGAAGACUACAUUCACUUGUCCCUAUGGCACAUAUGCUUAUAGGAGAAUGCCUUUUGGAUUGUGCAAUGCUCCAGCUACAUUCCAAAGGUGUAUGAUGUCCAUAUUCACAGAUCUAAUAGAAGAGAUUAUGGAGGUUUUCAUGGAUGAUUUCUCAGUAUAUGGUUCUUCCUUUGAAUCAUGUUUGGGGAAUCUUGGAAGAGUGCUACAGAGAUGUGAAGACAAGCACCUAGUUCUAAAUUGGGAGAAGUGCCACUUUAUGCCGCCCAAGACAGUUAAAGAUAUCAGAAGCUUCCUAGGACAUGCUGGGUUCUACAGGAGGUUCAUUAAAGAUUUCUCACAGAUAGCAAGGCCGCUAACACGCCUAUUAUGCAAGGAUAUUAACUUUGAGUUCACAGAGGAGUGUCACAAGGCUUUCACUAAGAUCAAAGAUGCAUUGGUCAGUGCGCCAGUGGUUCAACCUCCAAACUGGGAACUACCUUUUGAGAUAAUGUGUGAUGCAAGUGAUUAUGCAGUAGGAGCAGUGCUUGGACAAAGAAAAGACAAGAAGCUACAUGUGAUCUAUUAUGCCAGCAGAACACUUGAUGAGGCACAAUGCAAGUAUCUCUUAUCUAAGAAAGAUGCCAAGCCAAGAUUGUUGAGAUGGAUACUACUAUUGCAAGAAUUUGAUCUUGAGAUCAAGGAUAGAAGAGGAGCAGAUAAUGGAGUAGCUGAUCACCUUUCAAGGAUGAGAGUUGAAGAAAAUCUACCUCUUGAUGAUAGGCUACCUGAAGAAACAGUUUAUGCAGCUGAAGCUAGCAAUAAGCAUGGACAACUAGGCCAUCACAGGCCAGGAACAAAGAUCUCAUCAUCAAACACACCAUGGUUUCGCCACAUAGCAAACUUCCUUGCAGCUGAAUACCCACCACCAAACUUCUUUGGCUACAGAAAGAAGAAAUUUCUGCGUGAUGUAAGAAGGUACUACUGGGAUGAACCUUACUUAUACAAGAAAUGUUCAGAUGGAAUGUUUAGAAGAUGCAUACCUGAGGAAGAGGUAGAAGGAAUAUUGUUUGCUUGUCAUAGUUCUAGCUAUGCAGGCACUUUGCCACUUACAAGACAGUAUCCAAGGUCCUACAAGCUGGAUUUUGGUGGCCAACUAUGUUUAAGGAUGCUCAUGCAUUCAUAUCAAGAUGUGAUGCUUGCCAAAGAAUGGGAAAUAUAA